AUGAAAAGUGGAACAAUACAAUCAAAUACCAAUCUUUUGAAAACAACUCUGGAAAUGAUAAACAAUACGAAUAACGAUUAUAAAGAUAAUAUAAAAAAUCAUGUUAUCAAUACCAAUCAUGGAAAAACAUUCAAUCCACUCGUUCAGGAUUCCAAUUUGUUUUGCAAGCGUAUAAUUAUUGCUUCCAAUUCGUUGCCAGUCAAUGUGCAGCGCGAAAAGGAGGAAGAUUCCGAUCAAUUCAAGAUCAAUGUCACACGUGAACCAUUCCCAAUAGAAUCAGCACUGUUCAAUCUUCUCGGAAAGGAGAUCGAAGACUAUCUCUGGGUGGGCUGGCCACAUUGCAAUCUGAACGAAGAGGACGAUCUCGAUGUGGUUCGCGACGCCAUCAACAAGGAGGAGCCGCAUUUCUAUCCGAUCUUCUUGGACAACAAGUCCAUCACCAACUACUACAAAGGAUUCUGUAAAAUUGGUCUAUGGCAACUGCUUCACUACCAAAUGAAUCACGUACGUCUAGACAUGGAAUGGUGGGAUUCAUACGUACAGGUGAAUCAGUUGUUUGCCGACCACAUCGGUAAACUCUGGCGUCCAGGUGACUUUGUUUGGGUUCACGAUUAUCACCUCAUGUUACUUCCCGUCUUGCUAAGAGAGAAAUAUCCAAGUAUUCCUAUUGGUUUCUUUUUCCAUGCUCCAUUCCCAAGUUAUGAGUUAUUUAGAAUCUUACCAAGUAGAAAAGAAUUAUUAAAUGGAAUACUUGGGUCAAAUUUAAUUGGUUUCCAAUCUUUCGAGUAUUUAAGACAUUUUAGAAGUAGUUGUGCUAGAUUGUUGGAUUUGGAAGCUGAGCCAAAGGGUAUAGAGGUGGUAACUGAUCACCAGUUUCACUUUGUAAAGUUACAGGUAUACCCAGUUGGUGUCGACUUUAGUGAUUUCGUAAAGAGUUUGGGAACUGCUUCUGUGAUUGCUCGUGUCGAGAAGCUAAAGACAAUAUUCGAAGGUAAAAAGGUGGUGUUUGCCAGAGAUCGAUUGGAUUCAAUCGAAGGUGUCCCCAGAAAGUUACAAGUCAUCGAAGGAUUGCUAAAGAACUACCCAGAGUGGAGAGGUAAACUUGUAUUCAUUCAAAUAUACGAACCAACCACUGAAUUAUGUAAUGAAUCUGAGGAGCAAAAGAAAUUACAUAGAACUGUAAAUGAGACUGUUGGUAGAAUCAAUGGAGAAUAUGGAACUUUGGAUUUCAAUCCAAUUGAAUAUAUCAAUAGGGUCGUUAGUUUCGAGGAGAUAUCCGCACUUUACAAGCUGGCAGAUGUCGCUCUGGUUACACCUGUUAGAGAUGGUAUGAAUUUGACUUCACACGAGUAUGUUGUCUGUCAGAAGGAUAGUCAUGGUGUGUUGAUUCUCAGUGAGUUUACAGGUGCCGCUAGAUGUCUGGGUGGUGCAAUCAUUGUCAAUCCAUUUUCAAAGAAAGAGAUGACCGAUGCUAUUCUAGAGGCUCUACAGAUGACAUCAAAGGAUAGAAAGCUGAAACAUCAGAUCAACUACAACUAUGUAAUGGCAAACACAUCUGAGUUCUGGGCAAAGCGAUUCCUCUAUGAUUUACACGAGGUGGUACGUGAGGACAUUGAAAACAGUUCAGUUCCGCACCUCAAUAUACCGGCUAUCAAGAAGAGUUUUGCAGAGGCACGUGGAAAGCACCCGAGAAAUGAAAUCUAUAUUAUAUCGGGACGUGAUCGUGCAUCGUUAGAAGGAUGGCUUGGCAAACUUCCAGUUGGAAUGUCGUGUGAGCACGGUGGAUUGUUCAGACCGACGGGCAUUGAUCAGCAGUGGAUCGAAAACUCAAAGAUCGAUCUCUCCUGGAAGGAGACUGUCGUGAAUAUCAUGCAGGACUUUGAGGAUAGAACACCGGGAUCGUUUGUAGAACACAAGCAAAUCAAUCUGACAUGGCACUAUAGAAAUGCCGAUCCAGACUUUUCAGAGUUCCAAGCAAAAGAGCUCAUGGCACAACUCCAUGCAGUGGCCAACAAGUACCCAUUGGACAUUCUAGUCGGAAAGAAAGCAAUAGAGGUAAAGCCGAUCGGUAUCAACAAAGGAGGAAUCAUAAAGUUGAUUCUCUCGAAAUCCGAUCAUGAAAAACCUGAUUUCAUAUUGUGUAUAGGUGACGAUAAAACAGAUGAAGAUAUGUUUAAAGAACUAACUUCUGUAGAUGCAGGAUACACUGUUAAAGUUUUAUCGGAUGGUGCUAAAGAUCAAAUGAAUACCUAUGCAAAAUCAUAUAUAGAGAACAGUAACGAAGUUAUUCAAUUACUCAAUGAACUAUCAAAAAUGUAA